GGGGAGAGAGAGAAAAGGAGGGAGAAAGGAAGAAGGAGAGAGAAGGAAAACGAGAGGGAAAAGGAAAGAGAGGAAGAUCUCCAAGUCGGGACACCUGGGUCCCUGUCUAGCUAGAACCUCAAGCAACCCUGUGGAAGUCUCUGGACCUAAGGGUGACCCUUUGGGUGACCUUCCUCAUCUGCAACCUUCUUCACCUGUGUGUUACAGGCUACUGGCCCACCAAUCUCUACUUCCUGUGUCCUCUGGAAGUUUUGGGGAAUAAUGAUCAUCUUGUACAUGUUGAUAGCGGGUGCAUCUACCUUCACCAUUCAGCCAGAGGAGCUCCCUGCGGUGGCAGAACACUGCAAAUUUCGUGGCAAGUAUUACUUGGAAGAAUCACGAGUAGAAAGGGAGCCUGUGGUCCUGAGGUGUCCCCAAGUGGAGUAUUGGUCAGGUGCCAUUGCCAGUGCCCAUGUCAAUGUGACAUGGCAUAAAUCCAACUCUGCCGAGAUCAUCGUGGGAGAAGAGGCACGCGUGAGGGUCCAGGGUGAUGCUCUCUGGUUCCUGCCGGCGUUGCAGGAAGACUCUGGCACCUACAUCUGCACUUUAAGAAAUGCCACUUACUGUGAUGAAAUGGCCAUCGGUCUCAGGGUUUUUGAGAACACAGAAACUUCUCUGGAGCUCAUCUCCUACGUGCAAACUGUGACCCUGCCAUCCUCUGGGUUGUUAGUGUGUCCUCACCUGGAGGAAUUCAUCCGUAACAAAACUGACGUGAGGAUCCAUUGGUACAAGGGCUCUGUCCUUCUGGACCACAGCAGCGAUCGGUUUCUAGGCGUGAGCGAGAACACCCGCUUACUCAUACACGACGUAUCUGCAGAGGACGCGGGCUAUUAUAGCUGCGUCCUAACGUUUUCCCACGAGGGCAGAGACUACAACGUCACUAGGGAUAUCGAAUUACGCGUCAGAGAAGAAAGGGAAGACAAGAUCAUUCCUGUGCUUAUUUCUCCCCUGAACACCAUAUCAGCUUCUCUGGGGUCAAAACUGACAAUCCCGUGCAAGGUGUUUCUGGGAGCCAACAAACCCUUAAUCACCCUUCUGUGGUGGACGGCCAACAACACAGACAUAGAGGAUGCCUACCCGGGAGGCCGUGUGACUGAAGGGCUGUACCGGGAAUAUUCAGAAAAUAACGAGAACUACAUCGAACUGCCCUUGAUUUUUGAUCCAGUCGUAAGAGAAGAUUUGAACACAGAUUUUAAAUGCUCUGCCCGUAAUUCACUGAGUUCACAGACGCUGCACACCAAAGUCGAAGAAGCCUCCUUCACGUUCUCCUGGAAGAUCGCGCUGGCGCCCCUCUCACUGGUCCUCUUGGUUUUGGGAGGAAUGUGGAUACGCAGAUGGUGUAAACACAGAAUUGACAAACUAUAUGGUCUGACUGUGCUAAAGACUGGCCUUCGAGACUUCCAAUCUUAUCCAAGCAAAAUAAAGGAAACGAAAUGAUCCGAACACAAA